AUGCAGGCAAAUAAUAAAAAGAAGCGGAAGCUGGCGCAACAGGUGGCGAUAUCCGACAAACGUCAAUGCAUUCGACCUGACUUCAAGACUCAUCUCGCACCAAAUCAAUCAAGCAGGAAAGACGUCGGCACCCGUGGACGGCGACCAAAACGCGCCAGCAGCUUUCCACCAAACUCCUCCGAUGGCCGUAUCCGUGGAAUGGCCAAACCGCGACAAGGCGAGCAACAGCAAUCACACCAGACAAAUGUCUGCCGCUUUUCCGACCUCCUGCCGAAGCAUCAAAAACAACAGAAACAGCGGCAGCGCCAACGCAAGAUGCUUUUUCUCAAAAGGCAACGUCAUCAGGCAGUCAAGUCUCUCGUUUGCUUCAAGGCUAAGCGGUCACUGAAGCGAGGAAAACUGCCUCCAGUGGCAAUCUCCACCAACAACGACGGUGUUGGCUGCAACCAUGCUUCCCAUUCACCGGCAGACUUUGACAAAGAGUCUGGUUCUGCCAAUGGUUUUAGCAGUCGCACCGGAAGUUAUUUGGGACGACAAAACGAGUCAAGCCCCAAUGGUCUAUUCCCGCACUCGGAUCUGGGGUCGGCGAAUGGUUCCAGUAGUCUCGAAGCGCCGUCGCAAGGCGACACCCGUGGUACAAGCAGACCCAAACGUUCGCGGACGACUGCUGGCAAGCUGCGACAGCCAAUGAACACAAUCGAUUUGGAGUUUUGUCGACGGGCCACGGAAGAUCUCAUUGCACACGAAGCAUCCUGGCCCUUCAGAAGGCCAGUAAGUAGCAAGGGCGUUCCGCUCUAUCGAAAGGUCAUCAAGCGACCAAUUGACCUCUCCACAAUUCUCAAACGUCUCAGCGAUGAAAAGGUGUAA